AUGGCCAAAGCCGUCUUGUCCGAAGCGAAAGUUUGUGAGAUACUCCGGCGCAAUCCGCAUCCAAAUAUCGCCGAAUACCGUGGCUGCGAGGUCUCACGCGAUUGGCGCAUCACUGGACUCUGCUGGGCCAAGCUAACCGACUCAUUAAUGCAGCGCGUCAAUCCGCAUUACAAAGGGAAAGGAAUAUUCAGAUAUACUCCCGGCAGCUUGAAGGACAAAGACGGUGUUUUACAGAAGAUCAAGGCUGGUAUCCAACACCUUCAUCAAUUAGGCCUUGACAACCCUGUAAUCACAGAUUUCGAUUCUUGCAGGCCUAUUGGCUGCAGUCUGGAAGAGGUUGGACGCACAUACCAGUGGUUUGAUGAAAAUAUCAACACUGCUUCACCAGCCAAUGACCUUAAUGCUUUGGAAGAAAUACGAGAGUGGCUGGGUGAAGGGGAAUUGAAGAACUUUCAAUUUACGUCAUAG